UUGGUUGUGUUGGUGAGUGUCGUCUGUCGCUCUGCUUGUGUGUCUGGGAAUUACCUCGCGGGGGCCGCCUCAUUCAUGACUUUCACGCUAGGAAGGAGAAGAACCUAAAGGCAGCACUGGGAUUAUGCGGGUAUGCUGAAGAGAUCACAGAGUCGUGGAGGAAGGCAUAGAGUACUACUAGGUGUUGUCUGCCCUGCACAUGGCUCGCAUCCCCACCGUGUACAUCACGGAUUGCGACAAGGAUCCUUUCGAGGUGGAGCCCUACUGGGACUCUUUUUAUAUCUUCACGAAUGAUGGCGGGGAAGCUUCAUCAUCUGACAUGUGUGGACGGCUUGGCGGCCUCGAGGGCGACCCUGAUAUGCUGCCCGUCAAGCAGGUGGUGGUGGGGAUUUGUGCCAUGGAAAAGAAAUCAGGGUCCAAGCCUAUGAAAGAGAUCCUCACCCGUUUAGAGGAGUUUGAAUUCAUCCGCACUGUGAUAUUCCCUGAGGAGGUGAUAUUAAAGGAACCUGUUGAAAAGUGGCCAGUAUGUGACUGUUUAGUCAGCUUCCAUUCAAAGGGGUUUCCCCUUGAAAAAGCUCAGGCGUAUACAGACCUAAGAAAGCCCUAUAUUAUCAACGACCUCGAUAUGCAGUAUGAUCUUCAGGAUAGAAGAGUAGUAUAUAGCACGUUGCAGAGAGAAGGUAUUGAAUUGCCUCGGUUUGCAAUCCUCGAUAGAGACUCCAAAGAUCCGUCCAAACGUGAAUUAAUAGAAGGUGAAGAUCAUGUAGAAGUUAAUGGAGUAAUAUUCAACAAACCAUUUGUGGAGAAGCCUGUGUCAGCUGAAGAUCACAAUAUAUACAUCUAUUACCCCACAUCUGCUGGAGGGGGCUCUCAGAGAUUGUUUAGGAAGGUGUGUACAACUCCCUGCAGUUUAGCAUCAUCCCCUCGGUACCAGUUAGCAGCACCCUCGGUCUCAUCCAAGGUUUGCUAUAUCCAGAUUGGAUCCAGAAGUAGUGUUUAUUCUCCUGAAAGUAGAGUAAGAAAAACUGGCUCAUUUAUAUACGAAGAUUUCAUGCCAACCGAUGGCACAGAUGUUAAGGUGUAUACAGUAGGUCCCGACUAUGCACAUGCAGAAGCUCGCAAAUCUCCAGCAUUAGACGGGAAAGUUGAAAGAGACAGUGAAGGCAAAGAGGUUCGGUAUCCAGUGAUUUUAUCAAAUGCGGAAAAGUUAAUAGCAAGAAAAGUGUGCAUUGCUUUUAAACAGACAGUCUGUGGAUUUGACUUGUUAAGAGCAAAUGGAAAAUCAUACGUCUGUGAUGUCAAUGGGUUUAGCUUUGUAAAAAACUCCAGCAAAUAUUACGAUGACUGUGCCAAGAUCCUAGGGAAUAUGAUUCUUCGUGAAUUAGCACCCACCUUCCACAUCCCAUGGGCAAUUCCUUUCCAGUUAGACGAUCCUCCAAUUGUACCAACAACGUUUGGGAAAAUGAUGGAGCUGCGAUGUGUGGUGGCGGUUAUAAGACAUGGAGACAGAACUCCAAAGCAAAAAAUGAAGAUGGAAGUAAGACAUCCAAAGUUUUUUGCACUCUUUGCAAAGUAUGAUGGCUACAAGGAUGGUCAUGUAAAGUUGAAGAAGCCCAAGCAGUUGCAGGAAGUAUUAGACAUUGCUCGAGCUCUUUUGGCAGAGAUUGAACAGAAAAGAGCAGACCCGGAGACAGAAGAGAAGAAGGGCAAGUUGGAACAGUUGAAGAGUGUCCUGGAAAUUUUUCUAAAGGACCUAAGGUUGCAAGAGGAACAACUUUGCUGUAUGACGUAUGGGCACUUCUCUGGAAUUAAUCGUAAAGUUCAGUUAAAGUAUCAACCACGAGGAUGGAAAAGGCGUUCCAGUAGUGAGGAAGGAGAUUCUCCAAGAGAACCAUCACUUGUUCUUAUCCUGAAGUGGGGAGGAGAGCUCACCCCAGCCGGGCGUGUUCAAGCAGAGGAGUUUGGCCGAAUCUUUCGAUGCAUGUAUCCUGGUGGCCAAGAACGAACAGAGUGGAUUGACGAGUCAGUGACUGGAUGUGAAUAUGCAGGAACUCAGGGACUUGGCCUCCUAAGACUACACUCGACUUACCGCCAUGACCUGAAAAUAUAUGCCAGUGACGAGGGUCGAGUUCAGAUGACUGCUGCUGCAUUUGCCAAGGGACUUUUGGCUUUGGAAGGUGAACUUACUCCAAUUCUAGUACAAAUGGUUAAAAGUGCUAACACAAAUGGGUUGCUGGAUAAUGAUUGUGACUCCUACAAACAUCAAAACAUGGUGAAAAACCGUCUUCACGAAGCAAUGCAACAAGACCGCAUACUAACAAAAGAAGACAUGGAAAAUUUAAACCCAACAAAUUCAAGAUCAAUAUUAACAGCUCUUGAAUUUGUUCAAAACCCAGUAAAAAUGUGUGAACAUGUUAAUGGUCUGAUUAAGAAGCUGAAUGAACGAAUAAAAAUCAGGAAAGAGGACCAGAAAACUAAAGAAUUGCCUUUGUACCAUGGUGAAUCUUGGGAACUAAUGCAGCGACGGUGGGCAAAAUUGGAAAAAGACUUCAGAACAAAAAACACAAAAUUUGAUAUCUCCAAAAUUCCUGACAUAUAUGACUGCAUCAAGUAUGAUUUGCAACAUAACAACCACACACUGCAGUUUGAGUAUGCAGAAGAACUAUAUAAAUGUGCCAAAUACUUGGCAGAUAUUGUAAUACCUCAGGAAUAUGGGAUGACACCACAAGAGAAGAUGGCUAUUGGCCAAGGAAUCUGUACACCACUAUUGAAGAAGAUCCGUGCUGACCUUCAACGAAAUAUUGGAGAAGAAAGUGAGGAGAAUGCUGGAGAGAGUAUUAAUAGAUUAAAUCCAAUAUAUUCUCAUGGGGUAAGCAGUCCUAGCCGGCACGUGCGCACAAGACUGUACUUUACUAGUGAAAGCCACAUACACUCGCUUCUUACUGUCCUGCGUUUUGGUGGACUUAUAGAUAAUCCAAAAGACGAACAAUGGAAUAGAGCUAUGGACUACAUUGGUGCUGUAUCUGAGCUAAAUUAUCUUAGCCAGAUUGUGGUAAUGCUGUACGAAGACCCUACAAAGGAUCCAUCAUCAGAUAACAGAUUUCAUGUAGAACUUCACUUUAGUCCGGGUGUCAACUGUUGUGUACAUAAGAACUUACCACCUGGGCCAGGAUUUAGACCAAAGAGCCGAAAUGAACCUGAGAAAUUCCAUGUGUGUAUACCACGACCAAGUAUUGCACCUAGUAUGCCCUUAUCCCCCAAAGCCGAGGCUGAAAUUAAAUGGGCUCAAGGCACUUCUCGCAUUGAUGAGCAGGAGGACCUUCAGUACAUCAUGGAGGAAAUUGGUGAAUGCACCUUGGAGGGAGAGAGAGAGGGAAAGGCUGAUGACAAGAAGGGCAGGGUAGGAACCAGUGGGGAGAGUUGUGUGAGCAGUCUAUCAAAUGCAUCCUCUUCCUCAACUUGCUUGUUGGAGACAAGUGACAUAGAUAAUGAAAACAAAGUUUUAUUAUCCCCACCUGCGAAGGUGACGCCAGAGAAAUAUGCUGAAUUUCCUGAUGGUGUAAUGCAGCCAGGAGGUGUUGAAGUAACUGAUUCAGACAUUGUAAUUGGUAUCAAGUCAGAGCCAAUACCCAUUGCUUCCAGGUCACUCUCUGAUUGUGGGCUGGUUCCUGGAGAACUGCGGCGCUCAUAUCCGAUCACACGGUCAUUAUCUGAUGGAGCAUCGUCAUAUCAGCGUUCCUUGUCCAACACUGAUUCCCUAACACGUCCCCGUUCUUUGGAGACUGAAAAUAAUCUCAACUUGGACCAUACACCCAAGGCUGAGAAAGCGAGCUCCAGCUUAGAUUCUGUCAGUGAUGAAGAAAGUAUCCGCCGCCACCGACACAGUAUUCCAAGUCAUCUCAGCUCUUACCUGACCUUCUUGGCUGGGUUGCAGCAGAAGGCUGCUGCUGCAACUGCUGCUGCUGUUCCAGUUUUCUCCACUGCAGUUAUCUCUGGUUCAACAUCUGCUCCUGAUCUUCGGGACAAUUUUUCAACUCUACCAUUCUCUGCCAGUAAGAUUCAAUGGAUUCUGAACUACGAUCUUGAAGUCCUUGGUGGCGUGCCUUCCAUCCGACCUCUAGAAACAUUACAUAAUGCCCUUUCCUUGCGUCAGUUGGAUGCUUUUCUCGAGAGAAUGGCUUUAACGCAGUUUCGUACUCCACUAUCUUCCCCUCCUAAGAUGCCUUCAACCCCAAGACACCCGCGCUCACAGCCACCACCACUAGGUCUUCAGUCUCCAUCAUCUAGUAUUGGCUGGUCUGGGCCUCCAUCCUUCGUCUCGUCUUCUGGCCCCUCCUCCCCCAACAUCAAUACAAUGGAGUUCUUCUCACACCUGCACCGCUACGACACGUACAUUCCACCUCCAUCACCACAGUUCCUCAGUCCCAUUACUCCUUUAACUACUUCAGCUGCCAAUAGCCUAAAUAAUACUUUUUUUAGUGACUACAUUCAAAAUCAUUCAUACACCACUAAACCCACUUCUGCUACUGCCAACUAUGUUGCUACCACUGCUGUACCUGCUAAAGACGUUGGAGGUGUUUCUCUCACUGAUGUGGCUGCUGCUGCUUCUAGACACAUAUCAGAACUAAUCAACAGCACCACUCCUGGGCACAGUGAGGAGCUAAUAGGCUUCACUAAUGAGCACAGUAGUGUUGCAGAGCUGAGCACUUGGGAGACAGAGAUGGGUAUCUCCGGUCUCUCUGGAGAGGCUAGUGACCCAGCAUCACCUUCUGAAGGCUCAGAAAGCUUGGGCUCACAUUCCCAGACUGAGGUGGCAUCAAUCAUAGAGCGAGGUGAUACAGCAACACCCGAUACUCACAGUGACGUUCAAGACCAGGACACCUCGUAUAGCGAGAUCUCAGAACCAGACAACACUUUUCUUCAAAUAUCUAAUACCAGAAGUGCCACCUCGGACUGAUCCUCGGUCAUUUGCUAGUGUUUUAUUUUUAUUCUGAGGAACAGCUUCAAUUAGCUUUGUAAAGAUUUCAUUCCAUAAAUGUUUUGUAACAAUGUUAAAUUAUCAAAGGAAUUUCUUAUGAUUCUCUGUCUUGCUGGUUGUCUUUUAUUGUGAAAUAUUGUUAUUAUGUGUGCCAAGUGUGAGUCUUCAGCACUUUGGAUGCAUGUACUUGUGUUUGCUAACUAUUUAUGUUUUGUCUCCUUUUAUUGAAUAGGACUUAUUUAUUUAUAAUCUGAUUAUGCAUAUGUGUAACAGACCACUUAACAUAGAUUUCUUAACAUGUGAAGUUGACAAGUAUUUCAAGUAGUAGUAUUAAAGUAAAAGUAUCCACUAUAUAUUUUUUAAAUAUAGAAACAUUUUUACAUUUACAAGGUAAAAAAAAAAUUGAUGUUAAAGGCACUUUAUUUGUACAUUACUUGAAUUUAGGCCAAUAAGGUGAUUUAUGAUAUAUAUGAUUGUUACAUGUUGUUAAUUAUAUUCUCGUGUCUUAUCUUUUAAAAUUUGUAACUUUUGGCAACCAAAAAUGUAUUUGAUCAUGCAUACACACACACUACAAAGUAGUAACGGCAAUCAAUAAAAUUGAUAGGGAAGAAUUCCUGCGACCCGGACUUUCAAGAACAAGAGGUUAUAUAUUUAAACUAACUAAA